GCGGCGAAGAUGGCGGAAGACACGUCGCGGUACCUGAGCGGGGAUUAUUAUCCCCGCAAAUUCGGGCCCAAGCCUGACGUGGUGCCCUCGGGAGUGACCGAGAGGAAGGUCACGCCGUUCGGCAUCGGGCUGGACAAGCCGGACAUGGUGGCGGUAGAUGUGGUGAAUGUGAAGGAGGAAGAAGUGCACAGAAGAAGACCAGAUACGAGUACUUAUCUUUUGGGAACUAUUCAUCCAUUCCGCAAAACUCACAGGUCUCUAGGUGGAAGGUUUACACAGGAGUUCUUGCUAGUUGCAGCUGACAGGAGGUCUUGGAAAAUCUUGCUGUUUGGCUUAUUGAACUUGAUUUGCACUGGCUUUCUACUGAUGUGGUGCAGUUCCACGAAUAGUAUGGCUUUGACUGCUUAUACAUAUCUUACCAUCUUUGAUUUUUUCAGUUUGGUAUCUUCCUUGAUAAGUUUCUGGGUGACUUUGAAGAAGCCCAGUCCAGGAUAUUCUUUUGGGUUUGAGAGGUUUGAAGUAUUAGCAGUGUUCGCUGCCACCGUCCUGGCACAGCUCGGGGCUCUCUUUAUACUCAAAGAAAGUGUAGAGCGAUUUCUUGAACAGCCAGAGAUUCACACGGGGCGUCUCCUUGUUGGCACCUUUGUGGCCCUGUUCUUCAAUUUACUUACCAUGCUGUCUUUGAAGAACAAGUCUUUAUCUUAUGUUUCUGAAGCUGCCAGUACAAGUUGGCUACAGGAACAUGUUGCUGAUCUAAGCCGAAGCUUAUGUGGAAUAAUUCCUAGUUUAAGCAGCAUUUUGCUUCCUCGCAUGAACCCAUUUGUUCUCAUUGACCUUGCAGGAGCAUUGGCGCUCUGCAUCACCUACAUGCUGAUUGAAAUAAAUAAUUAUUUUGCAGUGGAUACAGCUUCAGCUAUAGCUAUUGCAGUUAUGACGUUUGGCACCAUGUAUCCUAUGAGUGUCUACAGUGGAAAAGUGUUACUUCAGACAACACCUUCACAUGUGAUUGGGCAGUUGGAUAAGCUUUUGAGAGAGGUCUCAACUCUGGAUGGCGUUCUUGAAGUGCGGAAUGAACAUUUUUGGACCCUAGGAUUUGGAACUCUGGUUGGCUCUAUACAUGUACGGAUUAGGAGAGAUGCAAACGAACAAUUAGUGUUGGCUCACGUGACCAAUCGCCUAUCCGCACUUGUUAAAACCUUAACAGUUCAGAUUUUUAAGGAUGAUUGGGUUAGGCCAUCGUUAGUUACAGCAUCAAUCCCAAGCAACAUAUUGAACCCACUGGACAAUACUAAUAUUGCACCAAGUACAGCUGUAAGGCCUCUGGCAGACAUGAACCCCAUCACCUCGACACCAACAAAACCAACCAGCCCCCCUCCUGAAUUCUCCUUCAACACACCGGGCAAGAACAUCAACCCAGUUAUCCUUCCAACAGCUCCAUCAACUCGACCUUAUGGUUUAGGACUCAACUAUGGAGUUGCUGCAUAUGGAAGUGCUUUUAAUCCUGGUAUGGGAAGGCCAGGAACUGGAAUGACUCAGGGAUUCAGAUCUACAUUGAUUAACAUUCCAAACAAAUACCCAACAGGUACUCAAGGACAUGUCAACCACUUCAGAUAAUUGGUGUAGCAUAGUCCUACAUGAUGUGAAGACCUAUUUCAACCGAUUUCUACAAGUUGAUUCCUCUUACAAAGGACAACUGAGUAAAAUAUUUUAACUGUGGGGAAUGUAUUUUGGGCCUGUUACAUCAAAUUUGUUUUAUUUCACGUGCCUGCUCCUUAAAUCAUAUAUUCUUCUCAAAGUGCUUUUCAAAAUCAAACUAAAUAUUUGGCUAAGUUUAUAGUUUUUGGCUGGGCAGGCCAUGAGGACCUGCUUAUAAGCUUUAUAUCUGACCGUCAAGCUAAGUAAGCUGUCAGAGCACUGACAACUCUUGCUGUUGCCCAUCUGAUGGUCUGGAUGAGAUCUGAAAUCAUACCAAUAUAGGGAGCAAUAGUGUACAGAAGGGCAUUCAAUGAAAAGUUUUGGAAUAAUUUCACGUUUUGGGUGACUUCAGCAAGUGGCCCCAAAGCCUUUGGUUAUAAACACUACAGUUGUUCAGUUCAGAUUGUUAGUUUUCCUGCUUGCAAAUUAAUUUCACAGAGAAUAUUUGUAACUAACUCUACAUGAUUGACAUGAUGUCACCAAUGAAGGCUUCAGCAUGGCCAUGGCUAUGAAAUUCAAUUCAUUUUUGGAAAAUCAUUUUUAUCCUGUGAAUCUGUUUAUUAAGCAAAGGAUAUGAUUAGUGAUAUCAGUGUUAAGAAACUUCAGAAUUGUUAUUUUGGAGACACUGCAGUCUUCCACUAGCUUAAGCAGACAGAUCAUUUGUGGGAAGUCUAGUCUGCUUAGCUGUUUCUGAAACCAGGGUAUCCAUGCAUUAUGUUCGGUAAUCCUUCAGGUAUUCAGCUAUGAUUUGUCAUGUCUGAUUAUGAUAUCUGGUUGAAUUCAUUGUAGAGUGGGUUGUCACUGUAAAUAUCACCUAUAAAAGUCUAACUUAUCUGUUAUGAGAAAUGAACUGUACAGUUGAUAGUUUUGUUCAGAGAUUUUCAAGAAAAGGUGGAGAUUAUUUAAAAUACUAAAAUAUGUCUAUAAAUAUGUUCUGUAUUUUGUACUAUGGAUAUAGGUUUGAUAUAUUUGGCAUCAAUAUACAUAAAUCAGAUUUUUGGAAAAAACUGGAUCAACUAUGACAGAAGCAAAUUCAACCUGUUGUGAAUAUGUUAAAGAUAAUUUGUUUUGUUUUGCAUAACAGUUAUAUUGACCAAUAAAGUGGGAACCAAAAUAGCAAACUGCUGUGGUAUUAGUAAAUUAGCGUAGUUGUGAACUUGGCACUCCAUUAAAAUGAUCUGUCUAACACUAACUUUUUUCAAGUGGACGUGGAAUAAAUACAGUAAGAUGCCACGUUUAAGUUCAGGAUUACCACUUGAGAAAACACCCCAACCUCUACCCUGUUAAGAACAUAAGAAAUAGGAGCAGGAGUCGGCUAUCUGGCCAGUCGAGCCUGCUGCACCAUUCAAUAAGACCAGGCUGAUCUGGCCAUGGACUCAUCUCCACCAUCCUGCCUUUUCCCCAUAACCCUUAAUUCCCCUACUAUACAAAAAUCUAUCCAACCUUGAUUUAAAUAUAUUUACUGAUGUAAGUAUAUCCACUGCUUCAUUGGACAGAGAAUUCCACAGAUUCACCACUCUGGAAAAAGCAGUUCCUUCUCAUCUCCACCCUAAAUCUACUCCCCCCAAAUCUUGAGGCUAUGACCCCUAGAUCUAGUCUCACCUACUAGUGGAAACAAUUUUCCUGCCUUUAUCUUAUCUAUCCCUUUCAUAGUUUUAUAUGUUUCUAUAAGAUCUCCUCUCAUUAUUUUGAAUUGCAUUGACUACACUCCUAGGCGACUCAAUCUCUCCUCAUAGUCCUACUCAUAAUAUCUCCUCAUCUCUAUAAUCAACCUUCUCUGCACUGCCUCCAAAGCCAGUAUAUCCUUCCUCAAGUAAGGAGACCAGAACUACAUGCAGUACUCCAAGUGCAGCCUCACCAGUAAUCUGUACAGUUGCAGCAUAACCUCCUGCUCUUAAAUUCAAUCCCUCUAGCAAUGUAGGCCAAAAUAUCCAUUUGCCUUCUUGAUAGCCUGCUGCACCUGCAAACCAGCCUUUCGUGAUUCAGUCCCCUGAAUGUCUUAUAUGUUUGAAUAAGGUCAUCCUUUAUUCUUCUAAACUCUAAGGCCAAAGCUAUUUGGUCUCUCUUAGUUGGACAAUCCUCUCAUCGUAGGAGUUGCCUUUAGCCUUGCCUUCAGUUUUGCUAUGGUUUUUGUAGCUGAGGGGGACCAAGCUCUGUGCAAUAUUCCAAGUGAGGCUUCACCAGCAUCCCAUUCAACAACAAAACCACAUUUUUAAACUUCAAUACCUUUGGAACAAAUGACAAAUUAUUUGCUUUAACUACAUUUUGGACCUUCUAGCUUUUUGUAAUUCUUGCACAAGAUGACCAAGAUCCCUCCUUCACAGGAUGUCUCCAUUGAAAUAAUCUGCAUUUUAGAUUUCUCUAAACAAGGUUCAAAGUAUAUGUAUUAUCAAAUUGCAAAUAUAUCAUCAUAUUUUCUUUUUGGCAUUCAUGGUAAAUAUGAAGAAUCAAUAAAAAAACAACACAAAGGCAGAUGGCCAAUGUGUAAAAGACAACAAACUGUGUAAAUACAAAAGGAAAAAACAAUAAUAAUAAAUAAAUAUCAAGAACAUGAGUUGUAAAAUCCUUGAAAGUGAGUCCAUAAGU